AUCUUUUCUCACCAGUUUCUUCUUCUUCAUGCCCAAAGACUUGAACUUUGUUGCCGAGUCUUCGCCGCGUUAUAUUCUUCUCCUUUGAUCCUUCGUCUUGUCUUCUGAAUUUCCUUAAAAGCCCAAUCUUUGUUUCUGGGUUUUCAGUUCGUCCUUUCCAGGAAAAGAUUUCUUCAAUAGCAGUUCCUGGAACAGAAUCAUUUGUCUGAAGCAACUGAGUUCUGUAGUAAUAUUCUGAAAUCAUGUUUGGAUUGAAGAAAUCUCCUGCAAGGAUUCCUAAGCACAAGUCAGUUGAUCCUGGAUUCGCCCCGUCUUCCAAAGCAAACCCUUUCGAUUCGGAUGAUGAGUUCGACAAUAGACAAACCCUAAAACCCUCGAAGAGGACUUCCUCUGACCCCUCUCUAGCCGCAACGAGUUUCGGCACAAACCCUUUUGACGACGAGCAGGUUGAGACAGAACACGCUCCGUCGAAGAAUCCGUUAACUCGGGAUGCCAAGAACAUGUACAAGACCGAUUUCUGUGAUUCGGGAGGCGUGGAAAACCAGUCGGUUCAGGAGCUCAAGAACUAUGCUGUGUACAAGGCCGAGGAGACGACGAAAACUGUAAAUGGGUGUCUGAGGAUAGCUGAAGACAUAAGGUCAGAUGCUACAAGAACUUUGGUCAUGUUACACGAGCAGGGUGAACAGAUCACAAGGACACACCACAAGGCUGUUGAGAUUGAUCAUGAUCUGAGUCGGGGCGAAAAGCUUCUUGGAAGCCUCGGAGGCAUGUUUUCAAGGACUUGGAAGCCAAAGAAGACUCGCCCCAUAACCGGCCCCAUUGUAACUAGAGAUGAUUCGCCAAAGAGAAGAGCUAACCACAUAGAGCAGAGGGAAAAGCUUGGAUUGAACGCUCCGCCCAAGGCGCAAUCAAGAACCCGUUCUCCUCUUCCCGAACCAACCGAUGCCUACCAGAAAGUAGAGGUGGAGAAAGCAAAGCAAGAUGAUGCGCUUUCUGACCUGAGUGAUCUGCUUGGUGAUCUGAAGAACAUGGCUGUUGAUAUGGGAUCUGAAAUCGAAAGGCAAAACAAGGGACUGGAUAAUCUUCAAGACGACGUGGAUGAGCUGAAUUUCCGAGUGAAGCAAUCAAACCAACGAGGCCGACGCUUGCUCGGGAAGUAGAAUGGUCAUCGAGUUCUUGCCGAGCUCUUGCUCUUCACUUCGUUUGUUCUGUCUGUGACUGUCUCUCGCUCUUUGGGUUCUCUCUGUUGUUCAGAUUCUCUGUGCUUUUCCUUUUAUCUGUCUGAAAAUGUUGUGAACGUAAUCUCAGGAGCCUCACAGACACCUGCGUUUGGCUCUUGUCUAAUAGCAUGAGAAGGAUUCUUCAUGAACA